ACAUGGCCUGAUGUUUUCCCUGUCCCAACUUUUUCGUAUGAAGUUGAACAUGUCUUGCAAGAGGGGAACAGUGUUUUUGAGAGCUCUGGAAAGACUCUAAAAUUAAGCAGAGCACAAAAACACAACAUUAUAGAGAACAUGGCCUCCUUAAUGUACUCUUUUAAACCGUACCUAAGCGACAGGGAUGUAGGCAUGGCAGCUGACGCCCUGAUUAACGCUCACCCAUGUCUGAAAGAGCUGGGGUCUGCGAGUGGGUGGUACGGAUGGAAAAUUAGCCUGAAAUUUAAAAUGGGAAAUUACCGUACUAGGCUGGCAAGAGCUGGAUGCAAGGAGGUGUCCGUAAAUACAGGGAAAAGAAGCAGGAAUAAUCCAGAGAAAGCACAUCCCCACUCGAACAUUAAAAAAGCCAGAAGGGCUGAAGUAAACUUUCUCCCAAACUUCCCAAGAGGACAAAACGAGGACAGUUUGGAGGAAAUGAGAAUAGAGAUGAAAGCUGAAGUUGAUAGAGCCGACAGAAACCUACAAUCAAUAGAGAAACUCAUGCAGACAACCUUUGCACUUCGUCGUCAGGAAAUUGUUCAGGGAGACCCAUUGGUGAAGGACUUUCUGGAGAGAUGGCCUGCCCUUCAGGUCCAAUCACAGGUCUGUGCUGAGUUCCACAGGAUCACCAAUGUAAAUUUACGGAACCAGUUUUAUUGUGAACUAGAUCGGCACAUUCCACAGCUCAUAGAACUUUACAGACAGAAGGCAGCUCGUACUGGAAGGGUGGCAGGAGCACUGCGAGACAUCCUACAGUAUUAUGAAACUGAGGAUGUGCAGGAUAUCAACAUGAAACGCACUGUGGCCCUUCGUGCUCUCUCAGUAUACCUGCGGGAAGAGGACACACAGUUUUUCAAGACUUGGAACGAAUCAGAGGAGCCAGACAUCGAGGACACACCCAUUGGUAUUGUCACGAUGAUCAGAGAAAGAAGUGCAUCUCCCGUUCACUUCAGUCCCGUAUCCACAGCCAUUGUGGUGGAAGAUAAAUUCAUCAUGAGGGACAUUGCCACGUUUGCCGAUGCAUAUGUGUUACUGUUUGGGCUGGUGCGUGUUACAUCUCGACUACCCAAAGAAGCUUGUUGGCACCUUCACUUUCAUACAAAAGGUUCUAAUGGGGUUGGAUGACGGUGCACCCCUGAAACCUGCUCUGCUCUCUUUGAAAAAUGACCUGCUUACAGUGUAGACGUUACCUGUAUGAUGCAUGUUUGUUGUUACAUUGAUUUGUGUUCCUUUUUGGUUAUUUAUUUGAUUUAUUUUUUAUUCAUGUUCAAUGACUUGAUAUCUGAUAUCCUGAUAUUUACUUUUUGGUUAUUUAUUUAAUUAAUUUUUUAUUCAUUUCAAAUUAUUUCCUUGAAUGGCUAUAGAUGUAAAAAAAACUUGAAGAUGCUGUUUUGAAAGGCCAUACCUUUACACUGAGCACAAGUUCCCAAUGCUUUUAUACAAAUAUUUAAACAUUUGCAGUGAUUUAUACAUAGCCAUACAAAUCUGUUUUUAUAUAAUGUAUGUGUGGAUGUAUAUGUUGACGGUUCAUGAUAUGCAAGGUAUCCUUCAACCAAACGGGGUGUGUUUACAUUUUCAGAUUGUGCAUUUGUUGGCCUUGUUUUACUGGCCUGGUUUUACAAGUUGGAUGUCCAUGGUUAACAUACAGAUGUGUGUAUGUGGUGUUUGUAUACUUACAGCUCUGUUGCUGUGACCAAAGUGGUUUGGAGAAAAAAAAUAAAAUCUGAAUAAAAACAUUGAAAUAUUCUAAGUUUAUUUGGGUAUUCUGAACUUAAAAAAAAUAGUAGUUUAUGAGCUUUGUAAAAUUAUCUUUUUGGUUACUAACCAGUAUAUUUUUUGAGUUUAAAGAUGUUGAAUAAUUAAGUACAAUAUCAUCAUAACAAGUCAUUACAAAAAAAUUAAAAAGUAUAUACAAAUUAAAACAAAUGUUUUAAGUACAGUACACUCACAAU